UUAACUGUCAAUUCCAAUUGUCACACUUAUAUUUUCUAAUCCAUGGCUGACAUUACUGCUGGCACACAGAGUAUAGGAUCUAGCGCUAUGCUGCUACCUCCAGAGAUUCUGACGCGUAUUGCUCAGUUUGUCGACAGAGAGUCGUUGAUUGAAGCUUCCAUGGUCUGCAAAAUCUGGUUGUCAUGUUUUCGACCCAUGCUAUGGCAUACGAUUCAAGCUGAUGGCUACAUUUCGAAAUCAUUUCUUGAUCAGUUUCCUGAUUAUUACCACCGGAUUUGCGACCUUACACUUUCUCUUCCAUGCAGUACAGAAGAGACAGCGGAUCUUCUGGGCUUUCCUUUCGAUUCGAAUGGAGAACCUAAACUCAAAAAAGGCAUGUUGACUAAGACGUUACUAGACUGUUGCCGUCUGGAACGCAUCCGGAUCAAGUACGGUCGAGAAAUGGCUUCUAUUUCGCUAGGAUCAACAGCCAGUUUCAAGAACACUAGCUCUCUUGAUCAUUCACAUGAGUAUUACGCAAGUGCAGCUCUUAAAAUCAUGGAGAGCAACAGGGAGACGUUACGCAGGCUCUGGCUCACUGGUGUUGGUCUAGAUAUUGAUCCACUUGUCCAGAAGUCCAUCCGAGAUAUGCCAGUAUUAGAAGAAUUGACAAUGGAAGAAUGGAGUGCCAUGAAUGGAGAAGGCUUACGCACUAUGCUGAAAUCUUUACCUCGACUUCAAAAACUAUCAUUGGAGAUGAACGAAUUUAUGGACCCAAUUUGGGAAUUGCGCCAAUGGCGUAUUAAUUGGGAUGCGAGCCAAGCCGAUUUUCACAACGAUUGGAAGAGUGACGAUGAGGAUCGUUCGCAACGGCCCUCAGAGGAUCCAUUAACGCAGAUCAGAAGCCUGCAUUUAGAUCGAUCAAACAUCACUAUGAGGACGCUCUUGGAUUUGACAGCAGUUAUGCCAGAGUUGACUGAGCUCUCUCUGGGUUACACAUAUGGUAUUGGACUUGAUGAUGAGGAGCCGGAUUCUGAUUUUUUUGAUCCUCUCGGCGCUGCCUUUGAGUCCCAAAUGGAUGAUGUUGGUGAUAGUAUAGAGCAGGAAGAGGAAGCAGAAGAUGAAGAUGAGGAAGAGAAUGGUGACGAUCAAGUUGAUGUAGGGAUGGACGCUAUGACUACCGAGUCUCCUGAUAUAGGCAACAACAUCACUUCCAACCAUAACACUAACUCAAAUACUAGUAUAAUGGAGACAAAUAAUGCAACUGCAACAGCCACAAUCGUUCAGCCCCAUCCGACUGAUUAUGGCCCUGGACACUGUCCCCUAACCUUGAGUAUCACAGCUUUAUCAAAUAUGCAAACGCCAUGUACAGUCACCGAAAGCUCAAGUAGCAACGCUUCAACUUGUCAACCUGAAAAGACUUUGCAACAUUAUGAUGUCCACAGGGAUGACGGUGAAGAGGAGAACAAUAACAACGACAUGAUUAGAGAUAAAGGGAUAUCUAAAGGUGAAGAUGAGGAUAGAGGUACGUCUGAAGAUGAACGUGAGGGAAGAGGUCCGUCUGAACAUGAAGAUGAAGACGAGAUUGACGAGGAUGAGAUUGAUGAGGACGGCUAUUACGAUGAUGAAUAUGAUGCUUUCUAUGGAAGUGAAGGCGAGUUCUAUUGGGAAGACUGGGGCCAUGAAGGCCUCGGUUCAUAUGCAGGUGAUUCCGAAGAUUUCGACAGCUGGUAUGAUAACCAACUUGAGCUCCAGGGUCAAAUGUCAUACGCAAGCCUCCGUAACAUAGAUAUAGGAAGUAUAUCGCACGCCUCACCUCAGCUUUAUCGCAACAUGCGACAACUGCAUGUGCAUUGUCCAAUGAUUCAGUCCUUUGAUUUUUCGGGAUGUCGGCCCGAAGGGAUCGAUCAAAAGUUCUUGGAGUUUGUCUGUGAACUCUGGGGACCUUAUGGUCAUGCGAACGAUGCUGCAAAGCCAGGUCGCCUCCAGUCCAGUCGACUCCACUCAGAUAAACAGAAACAGACUCUAGCGAGAUCAUUAGGAUUGAAGUCCUUGAUAGCAGCCGAUCUUUAUGCUGUCACCCCUCAGUUCUUUCAUAAACUUAAUCAUCACUGUGGCGACACAUUGACAGCACUCGAUCUGUCUUUAAGUAGCGACUUGAAUAUUACGGAUAGACGAGGGGCGUACGCGCGAGAAGUGGAGAAAUCAAUCUAUUACGACGCUCUUCUGAAUAUGCUCUCUACUUGUCCGAACCUGGAGAAAGUUCAGGUUGAGGCCUACCCAGUGAACGCGCGGUCAAUCGCAGAACAAUGUCGGCCCUGGGCAUGCGCAUUCCGGCUUCGAACAUUAGCUAUCACCAUUGAAUUUGAUGCCACGCACAAGAAGUCCGGGCCCUCGCCUGAGGCUGAGGAGGAGGAGGAUCGCCAGAUACAAAUCAAAACUUGCAGGCAGCUGAGCUAUUUAACACGUCUUGAAAGCUUGUUGUUGCAUGGUGGGCGACAAAUGGUACACUAUCAGUCGAGAUGGGGUAGUAUGGGAUCUCAUCAUCUGCGAUUGGGAAAUAGAUAUGAGAAGAGUACACGUCGGUAUAUUGAGCUGUCAAUCAGCACUGGUUUGAAUCAGCUUUCGUCCCUGAACAGCCUUGUAGAGCUGAACAUAGGUCUCCUUGGCCCACAUGGUCUCCGUAAUGAAGCUGAAGUGAAGUGGCUGGGUCGGAAUUGGCCAUCAUUAAAGCGCGUGAGCGGAUUUUAUGAUCUGGAGCAAUUGAAAGCAGGUGCGGUUCAACUUCGUGAACAGCUAGGGCCUCCUGCCCAUACAAUGCCAUCUUCUACAUCUCCCGAGCGAGGGGCCAAAAAGAAGGUUGAGAUGCAACAAAGGAAGGGAAUUGUACUGCCAGAGACGAUGGAUCUUGAUCGAGAUCCUGUGGCGCUAAAGCUGAGACAACUCCGAAAUCAUUACUUGCAAUUGGAUGAAAACAUAGUAGAUAAAAUUCUUAGGACGGAGGGUCUAGAAACCGUGAUAUGUCUCCGUAAGGAUGGCGCUCAUAUGGCGCAAAAGCCGGGCGGUGGAAAGAUGACUGAGAAGGAGAAGGAAAGCCAACGAUUUGAUUUCAUGGUGACCUACAUAGAUCGUGGGUUUCCUUUAGGUUGGGAUUAGAGACACAUAUGAAUAAGUCUAUUACUUAAUAAACCUUUUAUGAUUGAUAGCAG